AUGUAUAAAUUCGAUACUACUGCAGCCUCAGCCAGGUCGAAUCAGUCGUUAGUGACUGCCAAUCAGGCACUGCGCCGUGAGUUAGCUUUGGCCCGAGCGAAGAUAACACGACAGCAGCGCAUAAUUACUGAACAAGAAAUGCGUAUCACGAGGCUGGAGACUACGGACGAAAAUGAACGCACCAGUGUGAUCGUGCGCAGCCGACUGCGGCAGCAGAUACGCCAUCUGCAGGCGAUCACGGGACGUACCGUGAGGUUCCUGCAAAAAACAGUGCGCGAUUACGAAAAUGCUGCGGACUGCACUGCUCAGGCUAUGGCACUGAGCAAUUAUAUCAGUCCUAGGGAAUACGAUGCGUUUACGCUUUCGCCCAUGCCGAGUACCGUUGAUGAAGCGAUUGAGGGAAAACCGGUUGCAGUGCUCUCUAGUAAACACGUCAUAAACGCGAAUGGCACUGAUUUUGAAAGAGCCGGGUGUGUUGUGUUGCAAUACAGCCCACGUGGCACCGCUCUUUUGGGCAGUUUUCUCAGAAUAGCCGAUGCAUUCAUCAUCCGAGCAUCGUGCACCGUUCUGAAAUCUGAGAUUGGAUUCAGCAAGCCACUGCUGGAUUACUGCAGCUGCUUUCCCGAUCUUAAUGCCUUGACGAGCUAUCUUUCCGUCCCAGUGCAUUAUCUUACUUCCCGAGCAGAGACAGCUGCUGCUGCUUUUAACACAGUGCCAGAAAAUAUUUCGGUCGAAAUUCAUGCAACGAAUUUACCGAAGCAUCGAUUGGAUCAGGCGUCCGCUGCAACCAGUGACGUACUGGUUUCUGAUAGUGAGAAAGAGCGCGAUGAAGCAGGCAGUGGCAUUAGUUCUGAAUCAUCGGAGAAGUUCCAUAUUGAUUGGGGUCAAUUGGAAUAUGUGACCUGUCGACGUGGGCAUCAGACCGAUAAUGCCUGCAAAGGAGAAAUGCCGGACGGCGCCAAAAGUGGAGGAGUGCGCCCGAUCAGUCGCAGCCCCAGGCGACGCAGGACGAUUCCAGCAUCCAGUACACGAUCUCCGGAAUCUAGCGUAACGCAUUCUCGUGCUUCUCACACAGCUGCGUUGGACGCUGAAAAUGAAAAACGCAAAAGACCAGUGCGUGCAGCGGCAGCUCGGAUUUCUUCCUUUAAGGAACCUACCCUGCGUAACAAAAUGCGCAAUCCAAAGAGAAAGUAG